CGGAAGUGAUGGGAAUUUUCCGGUCUGGUGACUGGUGAUCUCACGGUUCCUUCCAUCAUGACGGAAAAUGAAGUGGUUCCAUUGAACGACAACGGAUCCAAUUCUUGCCGGGGAGGUAGAAAUAGGUCAACCCCCCAUUCACGGCAUGUUGACCGAACCGAAACCACAACACCAACAUCAAUCUUCAUCUACCUAAUUUUUUUCCACCGCGCCAUCCUGAUUGCGUGAACUGAAGUCACCUCAAUACCUCUUAAUAUUCACAUUCUCAGAGAACUGAAUCGAGCUCCCUACGAAACCCCACAUCCAAGCCUUCAAGAUGCAAAACUCAAUGUCACAAGCAUACGCGGCACCUCCCUCGAUCCCCAACACGUCGACAGAAAAGCCCCAUUAUGAUGCCCCUACUGCUGCCACUGCGGGCACAACAUACCCUCAAGCCGAUCCCACAACUGGUGCAACCGCCGCCGCCGGCACAACACCAGCUACCAACCGCCCGACCACAGCAAGCACCUAUGGCAACGAAAAGUCGGUAGCCACCACCCCCGCCGUCACUAAGACACGCUUCGGCGCUUCCGACAUCAUCCUCUUCAUUCUCGCCAUUUUCAUUCCGCCCCUGGCUGUCUUCUUGGACCGCGGCUUCAAGGUUGACUUUUGGAUCAACAUCCUCCUUACCAUCCUGGCCUGGUUCCCUGGCGUCAUCCAUGCCUGGUAUGUCCUCUUCAGGCAUCCCACCGGCAGGGACUAGAGGACCAAUCCGGAGAGGAAGUCAAUAGUGCAAUCGCAGACACGCUUGGCUGCCCGGCAUCCAGUUGAGCCUUGGGAGAGUUGAACGUCUACGUACUUGAGUUAAUCGAGCACUACAAAAUUGGGGGAGAUGGAGGAACAUGGUGCAUAAUUGGAUAUUGCAAGAGCAUGGCAGAGUCACACGAUACCCCUACGCUGUAUUUUUUAUCAUUGCCGGUUUGGUAUUUGAGCAAAAAUACAGUUUUAUCCUACGCACACAAACUCGUCAAACCUGAUUGUCUGUCCGCG